AUGACUGAAAGGUAUAAAGAAAGGAUGGUACGAGUUUACGCGAAAUUCUGUCAAUUAACAAACACAAAAAUGCCUUCUGAGCCCCGUAUUACAGUGGAAUCGCGACCAGGGCAACCGGCUGGUCCGGCUAAACGACUUGAAAAGUGGGUCAACAAAAAGGUACCUAUUGGCACUCCACUGCCGUUCCCAGAUUUCCACGAUGUGCUCCGAUGUGUAAGAGAGGCAAAUGAUGAAGACAAAUUGUGUUGGAACGAGGCACAGAUUAUGGAAGAGGCUCGAGACUUGUUCACAAGAUGCGGUAAGAAACUACAAAGGCGUAGACAAGAGAAUGAAUGGCGGCUAGCAGCUUCAAGACUUACGUUAGAUGUAGGAGACCCAGCUGAAAAUAAUGAGCAGCUGAGGCAUCAGCUUGAAGUGAACAGAAAGCUCGCAUCCAAUAAAGAGACUGAAAUAUUUAAUAAGUAUGUUUGCUGACCGACAGAAUCAAAUGAAAUUGGAAGCUGAAGAAAUAGGAGAUAAGGAAGCUGAAGAGUCACCAGUAGAAAGUGAAGAUGAAGAUGCUAAUGAUGAUGAUAAUAGUGUUUCUUUAGAGAACAAGGGCAAAAGAAAGGAAAGAUUGAAGCGGUUAAUAGAGGAGAUAUCCAAAGGCCCUAGUGAAGGAAAAGAGAACCAACCGUUAGAAGAACCUAACACUAGUCUAACAGAGGAAACUACUAAAGGAACAGAAGUUAAAGGUGAUAAAGAAGACACUGAAACUUUGGUUUCAAGUAAAAAUACAGACAAGGACAUUCAGAAUGCUGAAACAUUUUCAGUAAGUAGUGAAAAUAGUAAAGAUUUAGAUUUAGAGUCAGAUGUAGAUGAGCUUCAAUUGUUGCAAAAGUUGCAUAAAGGUAAUGAAGAUACAUCCACACAGGAAUCUUCAGACUCUGAUAGUCUAAUAGCUAUUUCAGACUCACUGGACUCUGACAAUGACAGUAAAGAACUAAGUGACGUAAUUAGUAUCGAAAAUUCGAGCUAUUCAGAGAGUGAAGCUGAUAAAAUGAAUAGUGUGUCAUCUAAAAAACUAGAUGUUCAGCUAAAUAAUAAAACUGACCUUCCAAGUAAUGAAAUUGAACUUGUUUUGGAAGAUACUGACAUGAACCCUGCAAAUGACAUGACUGUGGAAUGUUCUAAAUCCGUUGAAGAUAAUCUUCUUGCGUCCUCAGAUAACGAAAGUGGCGAAAAUAAGAAGGCAGAACACAAUACACUUGCUGUAGAGAUUGAAUACCCUGCGAAGAUGUGGACACGCCCUCUACUCAAGUAG